AUUUGCAUAUGACUGGAUUGUCAUUUUACCUUCUCCUUCAUUAAGCAUGUGGAUUAUGUUAUGUCUAAUAUUUGUCUCACAAACAUCUGAGAAAUGCAUGCCUAGCAUUUUGCUGGAAAUAAAAAAAAACGGACAAAGUAAGUAAACAAAUAAAUAUGCGGCUAAAUAAAUAAAUAAAUAGGUGAAUUUAACAAGUGAUGCUCAUGUUAAAGAACCGCAUACGUGUCAAAAACAUUUAUUAUUAACUGUAAUCAUAAAUGCAUGACUGGAAUGAUCAUCAGAUAAACACUCAGUUCCCGUCUCGCGUGUUGCAUCAUUUAAAGAAUGAGAUCUCCAUGUUAUUCAACAGAUGGAAACAAAGAGAAAGAGGGCAUCAUGAAUUGGCUUUGAGAGAGAGAGAGAGAGAGAGAGAGAGAGAGAGAGAGUGGGCUGUUGGGUGGGUGGAGGUCAGCAGAAUAAGAUAGGGGAGUUGUGUACACUCAGGCAGCAAUAUAAACAGGAGAUGUUGGUGUGAUAAGGAAAUUAAGGAAAAGGGUGCAACUCAAAUAACCAUGGACUUAUACACAAACAUACAGUUGGUCGGACCGCUCAAAGGGUCAGUCACAUACUGUAGAGGGGUAGACAGAGUGUCCCCUCUUACUCGCUCUCUCGCUCUCUCUCUCACACAUCUACUGGGGAGCCUGGAGAUCGUUUGAAAACAUGGAAAGAUGAUGACCAAGCCACAUCUUUGAUAGGAGCUUCUUGCCGCUAAAAGCAGCCUGGAAUGUAGAUUGAUGUUCCUGUACUUCAGCUAGAUGAACCUGUUGUUUGUUGGACCAUCCAACUUGGAUCUAGGUUCUUGCAGGAACAUACUGUACUUGAUUGGGUAUGAAGGAGAGUUGUGAUCUGCAGAAAGAGGACGCCACUCAUCGUUUCUGAUGGUUGCACUAAGCUUAGGAUUUGAAGGUUCUAGUGGACUGGAACUUCUUGAGAUGAGUGAUAAGGAACCUCAGAUUGUCUGGUCCUGCUGAAGGUGGUGUGUACUUCUCUACGUACCAGAAAGACACCCUUUAAAACUUCACUGUGAAUGUGGAGAGACCAAAACUUCCCAUCUCGUCUUUCUGGCUUUGGAAUGUUUCAAACGUAAUCGAGAGCCGAAUCUGCACUGAAGGUUUUUCCAUAAUCAAUAUUUGCUGUAUUUCUGUUUCGUACAUGAUCAAUCGUGCCAAGAAGAACCAAUGAAGGAAACGGAAUGCUCCCCUCUCGAACAGCCCUGGGCUUCUUUCAUAACGCGUAACCCCUGUCUGCGGAUCGACGCUCUAGAUUUCUCCGACCUGUGGGAUGAAGAAGAUCUAGACCAGGAUCUUGCUGAUGAUGACUCUUCCCGCAGCAAGGCAUCACCUGUUCAAAACCCAGGACACAAUCUGGUACCUCCAACACCUCCACCAGCCCCACCUUUGGCUCCUCCUCUUCUGCCUGGUACCAGUCCAGUACCUCUGGAGUCGGGCCGGCGGACUUUGAGGCUCCACUGGAGGGAGCUGUUUAGUUUGCAGCCCCUGCCCAGAGUCAGCCGCUUUGGGCCGCGGUCUAUUUGGGCUGCUUUGGAACCGGUGCAUCUAGACACCAACAGGCUGGAGUACUUGUUUAAGACCAAGAGUAACAGCAGCAAAGUCCUCCCUAGUCUGACGGGUGGAAAACAGAAGCCACGUGUGUCCGUCCUGGGUGUGAAGCGCAGUAACAUCGUCACCAUAGCCCUGAGCAGUCUGCCCCCGCCCCACCUGCUCCCACCGGCCAUCUACAGCAUGGACUCCAGUGUUCUGGACAGGGAGGAUGUGCAGAGGCUUCAGUCGCUGGUCCCCUCUGAGGAGGAGCUGAAUUUGAUAAAGCAGGCCAAGGCCCAGGCUCCCCACUGUCCUCUGGCUCCUGCUGAGCAGUGCCUCCUCACUCUGGGCAACAUCAAACACCUGAGCUCCAGGCUUCAACUCUGGGCCUUUGCACUGGACUACGAUACAUUGGAGAGGGAAAUUGCGGAGCCUCUCUUUCAUCUGAAGCUUGCAAUGGAGCAGCUAGCAGCCAAUCAGACGUUCCGAUGCAUACUGGCUACAGUACUCGCCAUCGGCAACUUUCUAAACGGAUGCAAGGCCCGAGGGUUCGAGCUGAGUUAUCUGGGGAAGCUCUCUCAGGUGCGAGACACACACAGCCGACAGCCGCUGCUGCACCACGUGUGUGUGUUGCUGCUCCAGCUCUACCCACUGUCCUCAGAUCUGUACUCCGACAUCCCAGCCGUCACUCGAGCCAGCAAGUGUGAUUACUCACAGCUCCAGGCCAGCCUCGAUCAGCUGGAGUCCCUUUGCAAAGCAUCCUGGGAGCAGCUGCGUCUGCUGGAGAAGGACGGCGGGAGGAAGAAGGGAGGAGGAGGAGGAGGAGAGGAGAGGGGAACUGGAAACGAGGGAUCCCUCCGCCAGAGACUGCCCCACUUCCUAAAGGAGUGCGGGGAGAGGUUGAAGGUUCUCCGGGCUGUCCAUCGGAGGGUCAUCAACAGGUUCCACUCAUUCCUGCUGUACUUGGGCUACUCUCGCUCCAUGGUGAGGGAGACCAGUGCCGAUGUGUUCUGUAAGACGGUCAGUGAUUUUGGUCUGGAGUACAGGGCCACCCGCCACGCCAUCCUCCAGCAGAGAGAGCGGGAGCAAGAACGGGAGAGGGAGCGAGAGAAGAACGAGGAGAGAGGGCGAGACCCCUCCACUCCGAAAUCCAAGGCCAAGGCUCCACAAAGCCCAUCUCAGGACCACGAGGAGCAGUCAAAGUUGGAGGAGGUGCUGAAGACCCCCGCGUCGUCCUCUCGCUUUGACUUUAGUCUCCCCCGCCAACGCAGCAAGACCCCAAACACCAGAGGUUCUCUUCCACGAAGACUGAAGUGGUAGAGGAAACCCGCUCCGUCGGUGGAUUCCACGUUCACAGCAGUUCAAAUAUCGAAUGUUUGUUUCUACAGCACUGCAGUAACUCGAAUCCGUCUUUUUUCUCCAGUUUGUUUUUAUUUAUUCCUCCUAUUUUUAGCGAUUUACCUCCUGAAACAGAAAUAAAGCUGUCGGCCUUCUUCAGUAAA